GACAAAAUAGGUUCCAUUCGUGGAUGAAUAGAUAAAGUAUAAAAGAAUAUCUGGAAGCACUGAUUCCAUGCUGCAGCUGCAGAACAUCUGUACACCCCCACUGUUCUCUUCCUACAUCCAGAUUAUAGCUGCUUAUAUGGCCUCCAUUCAUGGUAAAAUUGCCAUAGUCGGCAUGGCUUGUCGUUUUCCGGGAGGCGCCCAUAGUCCUGAAGAAUUUUGGCAACUUCUUCUGAGUGGAAAAAACACUAUGGAAGACGUCCCGUCGUCACGGUUCAAAAUCGAAGAUUACUGGUCGGACCGACCUGGAGUACCCAAUAAAAUGGUAGCUCGAAAAGGGCAUUUCCUCCAAGAAGGCACCUUGUUUGACGAAGCGUUCUUCAACUUAUCUCCUCGUGAAGCCAUGAACAGUGAUCCUCAGCACCGAAUUCUUCUUGAGACAGUCGUUGACGCCCUGGAUGAUGCAGGAUACAAAGAAUCCAGAGACGGGGGCGAACGUGGAUGGAACAAAUCGAAAAUGGGGGUAUUCAUCGGCAGCGCCACUGAUAGCUAUCAGAAUAAUCUUGCCAGCCAGCCGAUUGAUGCUUUUUUUUGUCCUGGAACCAUUCGCGGGUUUGCUGGUGGUCGCAUUAGCCACUACUUUGGCUGGCAGGGACCUUCUGUUGUCUAUGACACUGCUUGUUCAUCCUCACUGGUCGCAGUUCACUCUGCUUGUCAAUCUCUCCUCCUACACGAGUCCGAUGCUGCAGUAGCUGGAGCAGCUAACAUGUUGACAUCUCCAGAGAUGUUUCUUGGUCUCAGUAAAGGAUUUUUUAUCUCUAACACAGGAGGUUGUAGGACUUUCGAUGAAAGUGCAGAUGGGUAUUGUCGAGCAGAGGGUGUCGGGGUAGUAGUACUGAAGAGAUUUGAGGACGCUUUACGUGACAAUGACAAAAUAGAUGCAGUCAUUGUUGCAUCAGGAAUUAAUCAGUCGGGACCUUCGGAGUCAUUGACUAUGCCUCACUCAGCAACUCAGGCAAUGUUGUUUACUUCCAAUUGUGAACGUGCUGGUAUAUCGCCGCUAGCAGUUCGAGUUGUUGAAGCACAUGGCACAGGAACUUUCGUCGGUGAUUAUGCCGAAAUGGAAGCUAUCAAAGCAACUUACUGUCAAGGUAGAAAAUCUCAAUCAGAUUCACAGCUUUUCGUCGGAUCUCUCAAACCAAAUGUUGGCCAUUCAGAAAGCGCAGCAGGAAUGGCUAGUUUGAUUAAGAGUGUUCUCAUGAUGAAGUAUAGGCAGGUUGUACCCCAUAUUGGUAUCACCACUCGCCUGAGCCCUCGUCUUGGUGAUCUGGAGAUAUCAGGAAUAAUGAUUCCUACUUCUCUCCUGCCUUUAAAACCAGUUGCAGGCGAAAAGCACAUCUUCACAGCAGUUCACAACUUCGGAGCUCAUGGUGGAAAUUCUGGCAUCAUCCUUCAAGAAAUGCUUCCACCAAUGGAUUCUAUAGACCAGUCAACCAGUGAUCCUCGCUCCUCCCAUAUCAUUGUACUAUCAGCCAAGCCACAUACACCAUUUACAAUAGUCAUUGGUCAACUUCUCCAAUAUAUUGAAACUGCUGGUCCAAUCUCUCUAUCAUCAUUGAGUUAUACCACCACUGCUCGUAGACAAGACUAUACAUCUCGUAUCGCAUUCAGUGUGACGAGUAUCAAAGACCUGAAAGGUCAACUCCAAACUUAUCCCUCUCCAAUAAUUCUCCCCCGUAGAAAUUCUGCUCCAAAAGUCGGAUUUGUAAUUGGGGGAAAUGGGUCCCAAUUCCAAGGAAUGGGGAAAGAUCUUUACAACACUUCGCCCGUAUUCAAGUCUUACAUAGAUGCGUGUGACAUUGCUGCUAUGGAGGCUGGUGUCGGGGGCCUCACUGGGCUGAUAAAUGGUUGCAUAGAUCCCCUGCUGAACAACUCCAUCUCAAAGUUAGCCGGUGCCAUCGGAAUUUUUUCGGUAGGAUAUGCCGUAGGUAUGAUGUGGAGACAUUGGGGUCUCGAGCCUAGUUUACUCCUUGGGCACAGCCUAGGCGAGUACGUGGCUCUGGCCUUAUCUGGCUGUAUUUCACUUGCCGAUUCUAUGAAGGUCCUUGUUGCAAAAGUACAUGCCGCGGAGACUUCCACUCAUUCGGAGGAUGGUGGUAUGCUCGCUGUUGGAAUUUCUGCCAAUGAUGCCAGAGAAAUGAUUGCCCUCAGCGGUUGCAGCGGCAUUGACAUUGCUUGCAUUAACGGGACUUUUCAGACAGUUGUGGCAGGUACCAGUUCAGAACUCCAGAGGCUGCAAGAUUUCAUCAGAGCCUUACCCGCCCCGCCCUUGGUGAACAGGCUUCCUGGAUCUAUUGCCUGGCAUUCAGCGCAUCUGAUUGAAUCAGCAAAUGCCUUACAAAAAGUGACAAAUUUAAUUCCAUUCAGGGAAGCAGAAGUGCCUAUCCUUCUAAACGUGAAUGGUACCUUGCUUGAAAAAGGGGCCACUCUAUCUUCUAGGUAUCUUUCCCAACAGAUGAACAUAGAUAUUUGGAUAGAGUUGAGUGCCAAGGCUAUCCUCCUUCCAUUUUUGCGACCAUUUGUCCCAACAAAGACCAUGUUACUUCCAACUCUUGGUGGACCAACAUCUAAUUGUUGGAACUCCAUCACCAAGUCUCUUGCACGGCUAUAUGAAGCUCACAUUCCCAUAAAGUGGGCAAAUUACCAUGACUCAUAUCCGGUUCAAUUGGUAUCUCUACCAUCUUAUCCUUUCACCCGCAAGGAGCAUUGGAUUGUGUACUCAGAUCGAUUAUCUCCGCAUACCCGCUCAGAAAAUAUAGCAAGUAGCCAGAAACAGCUAACACCACAUUCCUCCCCGACUUACCUGGAACCAGAUUUACCGAUUGCGCAGCACCAAACUGUCAUGUCUGCAAUCAAUCCUCCGGACGUUUUGUCUGUCACACAGAUCCUCUCACAGGAGUUAAAUGUGCCUGAGUACAGCAUCAAGGUGGAUGACCUGAUUGAGGAUGUAGGGGUCGACUCAAUUAUGUGGCUUCUGUUGCGUGAUGGAAUAUAUUCCCAACGACAUUGCACUUGUCCAUGGCCUGAGUGGAGGAAGGGGAGGACUGUUCAAGAACUGUGUAACCUGACAGAAAUGCAUUUUCAAGGGGCAUGCAAAUCAUAGGUAUCUUGAUUGUUUGUUCUAUGAACCUUUGCUAUAUAUGAUGUCAAUGUAUUUCAUUGAAAUUUUCAACCAGAG